UUUUGUCAUUUCCAUUGACUUAGGUUGCAUUAAUUGUACGCUGUUUUGAGAGUGUCCGAACAAUGCUACACUUGUCACAUAUCUUGAUCUGUCUAGUACUUAUGUAUAAGUGUUGGAGUCCUGUCGAAGCAGAUGAUGAUAAAGAUGGCGGGAUCGAUCAAAGAGAUAGAUGUAGUAACCAUGAUCAUGACGACGAUGACGACAGUGAUGGAAGACAUGCAUGGGGCGACGACGCAGACACGAAAUGUAAAAGCAGUACAAAUCGGGUUCCCCUCGACAAACCCAAUGUCAUCCUGAUGGUUGCCGACGACAUGGGUGUUGGAGAUCUGACGUCGUAUGGCCACCCUACCCAGGAGCCAGGCUUCAUUGACCACAUGGCAGCCAAUGGCUUGAGGUUCACCAACGGAUACGUGGGAGAUUCUGUCUGUACUCCAAGCAGAUCGGCUAUUAUGACAGGUCGUCUCCCAAUUCGAAUCGGCACUUACGGCAACACUCGUGUCUUUCUGCCAUGGACGACCACCGGUCUACCAAAGAGUGAGGUUACCAUCGCUGAGGCGAUGCAAGCUGCUGGAUACGCCACUGGGAUGGUCGGGAAAUGGCAUCUUGGAAUCAAUGAGCACACUUCAUCCGAUGGGGCCCAUCUUCCUUACAAUCAUGGUUUUGAAUUCGUGGGUCAUAAUCUCCCCUUCACCAAUAGCUGGAAGUGUGACGAUACCGGGCUCCACUUGGACUUUCCGAACACCCAAGCCUGCUACUUGUACUACAAUGCCACCCUCAAGGCUCAACCGUAUCAGCAUCGCGGUCUGACGCAACUCUUUACGAAUGACGCUGUUCAUUUCAUCAAUCGAAAGAAACGGGAACCGUUCUUCCUCUAUGUUGCCUUUGCUCACAUGCACACCAGCCUCUUCUCCCAUCCGGACUUCGCCUGUACUUCCCGCCGCGGUCGCUAUGGUGACAAUCUCUUGGAGAUGCAUCAAGCUGUUAAGAACAUCACCGAUGCUCUAGAAGACAACAAAAUCUUGGACAAUACUGUGAUUUUCUUCAUCUCUGACCACGGUCCACACCGAGAGUACUGUGAGGAGGGCGGGGAUGCCAACGUGUUUAGAGGUGGUAAAUCGCUCUCGUGGGAGGGUGGUCAUCGGAUCCCCUACAUCGUCUAUUGGCCGGGGACAGUCAAACCCGGUAUCUCGAACGAACUGGUCACAUCCAUGGACAUCAUCAAAACCGCUGCUGAUCUCGGUGGGGCGCCCUCUGGCACAUUUCCAGAAGGUCGGGUGGUAGACGGUAAGAGUAUCAAGGGUCUGAUCCUCGAUCCAAAGACACAUAAGUCGCCCCAUACUGAAGGAUUCUUCUUUUACUGUAAGAACAACCUAAUGGCUGCUCGACUUGGACAAUACAAGGCACAUUACAGAACCCAACGUGUACUCGAUCAGCCCACGUACGGUGAGCGCUGCGAUGGCGGUUUCCCGAUCGAAGACUACUUCGACUGCAACGAGUGCGAAGGCGAAUGCGUGAAAUUCCACGACCCACCCCUCCUUUUCGAUCUCUUCCAAGACCCCGGCGAGGCCUACCCGCUCAACGUGGAUCAGUUCGCCGAUGAAUUGGCCCAGAUCCAGGAAGCCGUCAGGGUACACAACGCUUCGUUGGUAGCGGGAGCGCCGCUUCUGGACUCCUUCGACAUGUCGAUCGUACCCUGUUGCAAUCGCGACACAGACUGCAUCUGUAACUACACUCAGGAUCCUCAGAUACCAGAGUGCUACGAGUAUCUUAUUGAAGUAUCCAACAGACACAAGAACCCGACGACGCCCGCUGUGGUUGGCCCGCCUGUAGUUCCUCCAGCUUAAGAAGUUCCUUAAAGAACACCCGAAGAAAAAGUUGAUUAAAAAAUGAGAAAAAAAAUCCAACAAGAAUAACACUAAAUCUUUCAUCAAAAUCGGAUGUAAAAUAAGAAAGUUAAGAUUUUUUUAGUUUCGCUUAAUUUCUAUUCACAUCCUGUUCGGUAUAAUGAGGGAACUGUUGACAUCACUCACUAUUUCUUUUGUAUGCCAUUGUCCUGUGAAACAAAGUUUUAUUCCUCCAUGGCCCUGAGAUAUUACCAUUGUUUUAAUAUUUUAUGGUUCAAUCUAGUUGGUCCUUAUUGUAUUAUGUAAAAAUGAAAUAUUGUAUAAUUCAAACAAUAAAAUACAAAAGAAAUAGUGAUUGCAAGGACAUUAUCGACUCUCACAUUUGCAUGUCACUGAAUUGUGCAUAAAACUGUUUUGUGAAAAAUAAGCGAAAUUUUAAAUAUUGUCGUAACUUUCUUAUUUUACAUUCGAUUUUGAUGAAAUUUUCAGCGCCAUGCUUGUUUGAUUUUUCUCUAUUGAUUUAAAUCAACAUUUUUCUGGGGUGGACUUGACCUUUAAAGUAGACCCUAAAAAGUAAUCAUCCGUCUACAUCACAAAAGGUCUCAUAGUCCGUCUCAUUUUUUUCAUACCCACCCCCUCCGUAAUUCCUAGUAAAUUAUAUUUUCAUGAUAAAGUAACACGUUUCCAGAGUAAAUAUUUAUAUAUACGCUAUUUUCUGGAUUUGGUAAUUUGAUACCCUUUUUACUUCUUAUACGUGAGCGCAUCAUAACACCUUUAACGCGUUGACAACAUUAUAAAUGUUGAUCCCCACCAUAUCCCAUAUUGCAGAGAUCGUAGUAUUGAAGGAGAAAACCCAUAUACUUAGCUAGGAUCAUCAUUAUUUGCGGGUCAAGAUGUUGCUCAUCUUAGCAUUCUUAUACGUAAUUUAAUUACUAUUGCAUUUCUUGCGUCUCGUCUUUAUAUAUUUCAGUACAUAAAAAAAGAGUAUUAUACGGUAUAUCUUCCAAUUAAAAGUCUAUGAGAAACUCUUGUGGCCCUAUCUUCCAUUCAUGGUGGAAAUUUUCUUCCCUACAAGCCCACAUGGUAAUUCAGGUACUAGAUUUUCAUUUCUAUUCUUGACCAAUUCGAUUCGUGUCUUAUGGCUGUGUUGCUCUCAUGAUGAAAAAUAGGCCUCAAAACAUUUCUUUGCUAUCCUUUCUUCUGAGAAUAAUAAAGAAUCCGGAAGAUUAGAAAACUUUGACCACA